UUUACAGAAACAAUUGAGAAUUACAGAUGGGGACGAAGGGUAGGCAGCUGACCUCGUGCGUAAAUGCCCGUUUUAUUACAACUCCCUUUGCUUCCAUCUUCUGUCGGAGACUGAAUUCAGUGCUAGGCUGUUGCUGAACCACUCCUGUUCAUGGUCAAGAAAGGACAAGAGAAUCACCUCUUGCUCAUCCGUAUAAACUCUUUCCUCCCCUCUGAGCGAACUUGAUUUGAACAAAUCCCUUCACGCCUCUGAUCAGGAGCUUACCAAAUACAACAAUGAGUGACUCUGACGAAGCAAGAGAUCUCAGGAAACCAUUCCUCCACACGGGAAGCUGGUAUCGAAUGAGUUCGAGGCAAUCCAGUUUGUUGGGUUCUUCUCAGGCCAUCCGCGACAGUGCCAUCUCCGUCGUGGCAUGCGUUCUCAUUGUCGCUUUGGGUCCUAUUCAGUUUGGUUUUACGGCGGGUUAUACAUCCCCCACCCAAUCUGCUAUCAUCAAAGAUCUUGAGCUUUCAGUCUCCGAGUUUUCUUUGUUUGGUUCUUUAUCCAAUGUAGGUGCCAUGGUCGGAGCAAUAACUAGUGGCCAGGUUGCUGAGUAUAUAGGGCGAAAAGGGGCUUUAAUGGUUGCUUCGGUUCCUAAUAUUAUUGGUUGGCUGAUAAUCUCAUUUGCAAAAGAUACUUCUUUCCUAUAUUUAGGAAGGCUGUUGGAAGGAUUCGGUGUCGGUGUAAUAUCUUAUACGGUACCAGUGUACAUAGCUGAAAUAUCACCCCAAAACUUGAGGGGAGCUCUGGUUUCAGUCAACCAGCUCUCUGUCACCAUUGGAAUUAUGCUGGCUUAUUUGCUGGGGCUCUUUGUUCAAUGGAGAAUACUUGCGGUACUAGGGAUUCUGCCGUGCACAAUUUUAAUACCUGGUUUAUUUUUCAUUCCUGAAUCUCCUAGAUGGCUGGCAAAAAUGGGCAUGACAGAAGAAUUUGAAACUUCUUUACAAGUGCUCCGAGGGUUUGAUACUGAUAUCUCUGUUGAAGUUAGUGAAAUCAAGAGGGCUGUUGCAUCUGCUGGCAGAAGAACUACAAUUCGAUUUGCAGAACUCAAACAAAGAAGAUACUGGUUACCGUUAAUGAUUGGAAUUGGCCUUCUCAUUCUGCAACAGCUUACUGGAAUCAAUGGCGUUCUGUUCUAUUCCAGCACCAUCUUUAAAAGCGCUGGGAUUAGUUCAAGUGAUGUAGCCACAAGUGGACUUGGUGCUGUUCAGGUUCUCGCCACCUGUGUAACUUUGUGGUUGGCAGACAAAUCUGGUCGCAGGUUGCUUCUUAUUGUCUCUUCUGCUGGAAUGACCAUUAGUCUCAUAGUUGUUGCUGUCUCAUUCUAUGUAAAGGAUUCCUUAUCAGAUGAGUCUAUUUUAUAUAAGAUAUUGAGCAUCUUAGCAGUGGCUGGAGUUGUGGCUAUGGUUGCUGCUUUCUCUGUGGGAAUGGGAGCCAUUCCGUGGAUUAUAAUGUCUGAGAUUCUUCCGCUCAACAUUAAAGGCCUUGCCGGAAGUGUUGCUACCCUUGCUAAUUGGUUCAGUGCCUGGUUGGUUACAUUGACAGCAAAUUGGCUUUUGGACUGGAGCUCCGGAGGAACCUUCACCAUAUACGGGGUUGUGUGUGCUUUUACUGUGAUAUUUGUCGCCAUUUGGGUUCCCGAGACAAAAGGGAAAACCCUUGAAGAAAUUCAAUGGGCUUUCAGAUGAACUUUCUUCUUAGGGAGCUUCCGUUUAAUUUUGUCAGAAACUGAUUUCAGGAAUCCCAUUUUCCAACAUUUUCAAUUUCCGAUAUAUGUGAGUUGUUUGCUUGAAAGUGGGAAAGCUUUCUUGGAUCGUGUAAUCUUCAUUCGAUGAUUCAAUUCAUUUAAUUCCUGGGUUUGUUCAAAAUAGAAUUAAAUAAACUU